UUUAAAUAUGUGCUUCUAGCUAAACUUAUUGAUUUAUCGCCGUCUACAGAGAUGCAGAACACAGUGGCUGGUCGUUAAAACAGAAACAGACUGGAAUGGCUUCAUUUGGACAAAUCAUUUUUGGGACUAUGGUUGUUCUCAUCAUUGUAUUCGCUGGUCUCAUCAUUUUAAUUUUGACCAUUGGAUUUUCAGCGUCUCAAGGUACCGUUGAGAGCAGCAGCCCUUCUAUUGUGGGAAAUCUUGGACAGGACGAGGUCAUCGAUUGCAGGUUUAAUACCGAGAGCAGCAGUGGGUUGACUGAAGAUGUAUCAAUCUCUUGGUUAAAAGAUGGUCUUAGUGGGGUGGUAUAUGAAUAUAAGAAUAAAGCAGCCCAACUUCAAAUGCAGAAUACACAGUUUAAAGAAAGAGCACAACUGUUCCCAGAUGUUAUUUCUACAGGCAAUGCUUCUGUACUCCUGAGAAGUGUGAAAUUGGAAGAUGAUGGUGUGUAUCGCUGUAGUGUCACUGCGGGAAAACUCUCAGGAACUACAAGCAUUAAUCUUAGAGUGGCUGGUUUUACAGCCCCCACCUUUACCCAACAGACAAAUACUUCACUAACUGCGGAGGCCCAGAGAUGGUUUCCCCAACCGGAGGUUACCUGGUUAAGUCAGAGUGGAGAACUUUUAAACAGCAGCAGCCAAUUCAGCAACAAUUCGGCUGGAAUCACACUAGUUGUCAGUGUCCUGGAGUUCCCGGUAAAAGUUCAUGACACUUACACCUGCAUUAUAGAAAACAGCCUUGUGAAAGCUGUCUCGGAGGCAACUGUUACAGGCAAUGAAGUGACGGGAAAGACAUACUUCAUUUUUAAUGCUGCGUCUACAACAGUAUUAUCCCUACAACUCUUGUUUGUAGUUAUACUUAUUAAUUUCUUUCUCAAGUAGACUCUGGUGUCUGGUUUAUAGUAAGGUCAACAAAUUAUUUCUCUGUUGUGUACACAUUAAUCUAUUCUGUUAUCCAAAUGUCAUAUAUUAUAAUUAUUUUAAUAUUAUAAUUAAUAGCAGCUAUAUUUAUUUAAAACUUUUUACACCAUGUGAUCAUAAAGAUGCACGAGCAUAAACCAUCACUAUGUGAUACAGUAAAAUAAUAAAAAUAUCUG